GACCACAACUUCAACAACAAUCAUAACAACACUCCCACAACCUAAUCCUCAACCCCCCAAACCUCAGCCAAAAUGCCUUUCACCGGAAGGUAAGUCUCGUGCCUGCAUUGCGAUUCAUGCGCGAUCCGAGCUUGGGAGGGGAGCGGCGUGUCGCUGUCGAAAAGCUCCGCGUCGCGCGAGAAGCGACUCGUCAUGUUUCCUCUCCUAUCAAGCUUGGAUCUGCGCCCGCGCAACCGAACACUUUUCUGACCGAAUCCUCCAGCGACAUCAUCAAGAUCAUUCUUGCCAUCCUCCUGCCCCCGCUCGGCGUCUUCCUCGAGCGCGGCUGCGGCGCCGAUCUCUUGAUCAACAUCAUCUUGACCUGCUUGGGUUACAUCCCCGGUAUCAUCCACGCGCUGUACGUAUCUCACCUCUGAACUUCCACGGGAACGCCUUACGAAGCAGGCGCGCCUGCGCGCUGUCCCGAGAAAUCUCCAUGCGCCAAUAUAUAUAUGCUGACUUGUCGCGCAGCUACAUCAUCCUCAAGUAUUAGACGACGCAACGCGCGCGCGCCGCACCGCGCACACGUCUCUAGUCAAAGCCAAAGAGAUGCAGACCUCAACUGAAUGAAGCGACCGGACCUCCCUCUCACCUAAUAUCC